AUGGUCGGAACCAGACGCAACAUUCUCAACAGCCACAACAGCAACGGCAGCAUUAACAGCAGAAGCAAUGCCAACGAGUUCAGUAAAUACCAGCGUGUCGACCUGGAAGGAGGGUAUGGAGGAAAUAAUCCCGUUAGAUCAAAGAAGCGAUUUCGCGAUGCGAUCGACCAAACCGUAAAGGACAAUCGCGCCAAUGAGAUGAAGAAGAAGUUGAUCGAUAAUAUCGACCAUGAAGCGCUGGAAUUUUUCAGGAAGAGCGAUGAGAGUCUCAAAUCCAUCAAGAAUAAGAGAGUACGCGGCUUCUACGAGGAGCAGAACUCGCGCUUGGACGACUGGGCAGAAGUAGACAUGGUUGUCUCUUCGCUUGCCGACGAUAUUGUGGAUAGUAUGAACCCGCGAGAUACUGAUGGCGACGGAGUAGCAGAAGACCGUGGACCUUUGGGCAAUAGCGGCGAGGAAUUGGAACCUUUUCUCCCCGAAGAAGAGCGUGACCGAAGAGCGAGAUCUGCCAAACACGCACGGUGGGCCAUAAACAUCAACGUCCUUGUGAACGUCCUUCUACUCGCGGCCAAGGGUGUAGCAGCGAUCUGGUCCAGCUCUUUGUCGCUGAUCGCGUCUCUUGUUGAUUCGGCACUUGACUUGCUAUGCACCAUCAUCAUCUGGACCACCAACAAACUCGUUGGCUGGCGUUUGCAGAGUCUAAAGAAGAAGUUUCCCAUCGGCCGACGACGCCUCGAACCCAUCGGAAUUCUGGUCUUCUCUAUCAUUAUGGUCAUAUCUUUCCUCCAGAUUCUGCAAGAGUCGGUCAAGAAGCUCCUACCAAGCGGCGAUCACAGUGUAUCUCAAUUGCCACCCGCUGCUAUCUUCGCCAUGGUAGCUACAAUCGUUGUCAAGGGCACUAUCUGGAUUGGAUGUGCAAGGGUCAAGACAACGCAAGUACAGGCCCUCGCCCAAGACUGCAAAACUGAUGUGUAUUUCAACACACUUUCCCUUCUUUUCCCUCUCAUCGGCGGCCACGUCGGCAUCUGGUGGCUCGAUCCUCUCGGCGCAGCUUGCCUUUCGCUAUACAUCAUCUACGACUGGGCUUGCACUUGUUUCGAAAAUGUCACUCGUCUGACCGGUGAAGCAGCCAAUGACCGUGUGGAGCGCAAGAUGAUGUACAUGGCGUACCGCUUCUCACCCCUUGUUGAAGGUUUCAAGAGUCUCAAGUGCUACCACGCAGGUGAUGGUGUCUGUGUGGAGAUCGAUGUGCUCAUGAAGGAGGAGACACCGUUGAGAAAAUGUCAUGAUAUUGCCGAGACUCUGCAGUACUGUCUAGAAGGCUUAAAUGAGGUGGACCGCGCCUUUGUGACAAUGGACUACACUUCACAAGGCCCCACAGGCCAUGCUGGUAGCUAG